GCUGCUCUCUUCACUGACUUGCAGCAGUGCAUUGAUGUCUGGUUGCGUAUAGGACCACAGUCUCCGCCCGCUUCUCGCCACACUAGACGUAUCAUAGUCAACAUUCAUUUAAUCUCUCGUGCUUGUCCAUUAUGCACCAUGCACGCCGUUCUAUACGUGUGUCACGACCUGGAGUGAGGACUUCUGCGACGGCUACGAAACCAGUUCCAAGGCCUUUAGGUAAAUGGGAACUCCCAAGCCAAUCUGGCACAGACACGACUCCUUCGAGUAGCAACGUCCCUCGACCUAACUUAAGCAAAUGGGGCUUGAAUGCGCCACCGUCUGACCCAGUCCCACAACGGGAACAAAAGACUAAUGAUGCUAGUCAAGGCGGGCAACGAACACAACAGGGUUCUUCGCUCAAUUUGUCUAGUAAUACCGGUACCGGCCAACGCUUUGAUUGGCAACGAUUCAAAUCCGGAAGUACUACCGGUGCACCGCGAGACCGAGAACAGCGAACCUCAAGAACUGCAGACUUCGGUCGUGAUGCCGUCCCUCACUCGUCUAACUCAUUCCAACGAGACCGUCCCCCUGUUUCUAGUUCCUCUCAGUCUCAAGGUUGGAAACGUGACCCUCCGCCAACAACUGCAGGCAGUUCUUCUCGUUUAGACCGUGAACCUGCACCUCAUCAACAAUCCAACCGUUCUCAGUCUCUUCAGUCCCCCAAAACUGCUCCUUCCCCUGACAUAAAAGCACAGUCGAAAUGGGGUCUCGAAAAUAAUCGGCACUCGGUGUUUUCAGAACCUAAACUAUCUGAAAGUGUUGAGGACGAGGAUAAAGCGAUUCCAGCGAAGUUGCCUGGUAAUCAUGCAGAACGGCUAGCGUACGAGUCUCGGAAUGCCAACAGCAGGCUCACUCGUAUCAAUUACAAGGAUCGAGGCUCCUUGGUUGCCAAGAUUUCUCAGCUCAGAAUGCCAGACGAAGAAGAUCUAGCUAUACCUGCUCAAUCUCGAGGGCGGGAUGCAUCAACGAUGAUGAAGAAAGCGAAAGCGAAAAAGAACAAGGUGCAGGAGGUGAAGCGCGUCAAUGCGGAUGUGUUCAUCCCCAGUGUCGUCUCGAUCGCCAACCUUGCGAGAUUGUUAAAUGUCAAACUAGACACAUUACAGCGGAAGAUGAGGCGAGCAGGCAUGGAGGAGCAAACAUCUCAUGAUCACAUGCUCUCGUCCGAUUAUUCGUCUCUAUUGGCGAUGGAAUUCGGCCGCAAUCCUGUUGUCAACGAUGAGGCCGCAUUCGAUAUCCACCCCCCACCCCCUCCAGUUGACAAAUCCUCCUUGCCGCUUCGACCUCCAGUAGUCACAAUCAUGGGUCACGUCGACCAUGGUAAGACCACGCUUCUCGAUACCCUCCGUUCAACUUCGGUUGCGAAAGGCGAGGCUGGCGGAAUAACACAACAUAUCGGUGCCUUUUCUGUCCCUGUACCGGCAACCUCAGGCGGAGACAAACGAUCUAUCACCUUCCUUGAUACUCCUGGACAUGCUGCGUUUUCUGCCAUGCGUGCUCGAGGUGCCAGCGUCACCGAUAUUGUGGUCCUAGUCGUUGCUGCUGAUGACGGAAUCAUGCCUCAGACAAAGGAGGUCAUCGAGUUGGUUCAGAAAGAGCAGGAUAAGGUUGGACUCGUGGUUGCAGUCAACAAGAUUGACAAACCCGAUGUUGACAUUGACCGGGUUGAGAAGAUGCUGCUUGCUGCGAACGUACUUCUUGAGAGAUUCGGUGGUGACGUACCUUGUGUUCAUGUUUCUGGGUUAAAUGGAGAAGGUCUUGACCAACUGGUUGAGACCAUCAACGCCGUGGCCGAGAUGCAAGAUGUCCGUGCAGAACAGAAGGAUGUCGUACAGGGGUAUGUUCUAGAGUCAAAGAUGCAGAAGGGUCUUGGACCUGUUGCAACCGUCUUACUCCUUCGCGGCGUAAUGAAAUCUGGCAUUCAUCUCAUCUGCGGUACAACGCAUGCAAAGGUCCGAUCGCUGACUUCACCAUCGGGUGAAUCAGUCAAAACUGUCCUUCCAGGAUCUGCAGCCGUAGUAUCCGGUUGGAAAGAACUUCCCAACGCUGGUGAUGAGGUUCUCUCCGGAAGUGAAACAGAUAUCAAACGUGCCAUAGGCAACCGCAUCCGUAAAGCUGAGAUCGAAGCCUCCAUGACCGAUAUGGAAGCUAUCAAUGUCAAUCGUAAGGAGGAACGUGAACGCCGGGAAGCUGAAGAGAAUGACACCCGCGAGCGAAAACGUCUCCAUGCGAGUGGUCUUACACCUGAAGCACCGGAGGUAAAGGAGGAGAGGAAAGAAUUGACCAUCGUGGUGAAGGCGGAUGUGAGCGGAUCUGCUGAGGCCGUUGCUCAAGCAAUCAUGGGCGUUGGCAAUGACAUUGCUGGAACCAAAAUUAUUGCCACUGGUGUUGGAGAUGUCUCUGAGUCGGAUGUGAUGCGAGCCAAGGCUGCACAAGGUUUGAUCGUUGCAUUCGGCGUGAAAGUGCCCCGUGCCAUGGAAUCUCUAGCCGCCGGACAAGAAGUGCCUAUCGUUUCUUCGACCAUCAUCUACCGCCUUCUCGACCAAGUGAAAGAGCAUGUCAUCAAACUGCUGCCUGUUACCUAUGAGACUAAGGUGACCGGAGAGGCUACAGUAUUGCAAGUCUUUGAGAUCCAAGGCAAGAAUAAGCAAAAGGUUCAAGUUGCUGGUUGCCGAGUCACCGAGGGUGUCGUAGAGAAGGGCAAGAUGGCUCAAGUUAUCCGGAACGAAAAGACUGUUUAUGAGGGCAAACUUGAUACAUUGAGGCAUCUCAAGAACGACAUAAACGAAGCUGCCAAGGGACUAGAGUGCGGUAUGAGCCUCGAAGGCUUCAACGAACUCCGACAAGGAGAUCUCAUCCAGAUUGUCAAUGAGGUUGAAAGACCUGGAGAAUUAUAGUGUCUCUCACUCUACAAUCUACGUUACAUCAUAGAUGCACAUUCAAUUAUACUUCUUCUGCUGUCGCUCGCCCUAGCUACGAAUCUUACUAGCAUUCUCAUCGUCGAGAAUGAUUUCUUUGGCGCCAAUCGUGCCAGUGCGACCGCCAACGCCAAAAGUCAAGUUCACGGGCACUUGACGGUCGGUCUUCUCAAGCAACGCCCAGCUUCGAUUGUCUUGCUUUUUCAAUGUCAACUCCACCUAAAUCAGGAUACGUUGAGUAUUAUUCAUAAACCUUUGAAAAGUGAAAACCACAACUUUCGUUCCGAAAUACUUGAAAGAGGAUGCUUCUGGGUUGACAGGUCCGAAUAGGUCAAUGGAACGACGGAAACGCUUAGUGCCUUGGAAGUACAAAUCCAAAUGAAUCUAUUAGGAAUACUCAGCAUCAGGCGAUAAUUGUAAGACCUCCAAAACGUUACCUUGUCUGUCUCUAUUUGAACGACACUGCGGUCUUUAUCAGUUUGUUUUGCGAACACGGAGACAUGCACUUCUGCUGGUGUCUGGUAGUGAUCAACACGGCAGUCUAUAAAUUCCUCGGUCUGCGAACAUGCAAAUCAGUCGCCAUAAGCAAUGGAUCUAGCAAAAUUGGCUAUACCUUAGCCUCCUUCUCCUUGGGAGCAAAGAGAUGUCGCCCUUGCUUGCAUCCACCAAUUUUGAGAAACUCAUCAAACUCAAGGACGCGACGUUUGCAACAUAGAUAACCCUAAGCGAGAAUAGUACUGAGUGGAUGAACUUCAUUUGACGUAGUCUGAUCUAUACCUUGCUUCCUUCAUGGAAAAUGGGCUGUAACGUACUUAUUGAACCCUAAACGCAUGCCAAAGUGGUGCAAGAUACUUACUGGCAGCGGAUGAUAUGUGCAGACAGAUUCCUCACCAUCUCCCCGGCUGACUUCAUCACUCACGAAGCUCUUGCCACAGCCCUUUCGUCGACAAAUGGUGCCAGGUGUGACAGGAACCGAAGGGUCAUCCUCUUCUUCCGCCGCAGGUGGGAUGGGUUCUGCAGGAGCAGAAGACGCAAUCGUCGGUGUAGCGGCGCCCGUUGUUCUGGACAGCGAGGAGUAGGUUUCUGUAGCACCCUGAUCGCUCGUCAUUGUGAGAUUGACAUUGGGCGAUGGUUUUGGUGCCUGCGGCUCGACUUUAGGUGCCUCAUCCGUAUGCGAACCUUUCGUGCAUCCCUGAUACAAACUUGUAUAGAUAAGUGUAUAGAGAGACUCUGAUCUGAU